CUUAAGAAGGUCGAAUAAUAUUCGCCAUCUUGGGAAGGUCGGGUCGGGUGAUAGUAAUUCGCCAUCUUGAGAAGAACAACGCAAGCAUUAGUUUAUUUUACUAUCCUCCUCAAAGGAACAUUGUUCAUAUCAGAUGACAAGAUGUCAUUGUGCAUUGUAAAAUUAUGCCCCAACUCAAGCAAAAAGACCAAAUUAGAAUUCUCCUCUUCUCUUCAUUUGUUUCCAAAAAGUACAGAACUGAUACAACAGUGGUUGCUCGCAACAGGGCAAUUUGAUGAAAACCUAGAUCAAAUGGUUAACAGGGUGAUUGAAACACGAAAGACGGGACGUUAUCGAAUGUGUUCACUUCAUUUCACACCAAGGGAUUUUUAUUCAACAGGCCUUAAAAUGUUUCUCUACAAGCACGCAAUACCAUCUAUCUUUGGAAAUAAUUUGCAAAGGAAAAUUCAGGGUUUGCAAAAAUUGUCCUCUUCAUGUGAAAUGAAUAAAACUGCAGAGAACGUGGAUUUUUCAUUGAAUGAAGGAACCGAAAUAAAUAUUGCUCCUGUUGUACAUACAGCUGCAAUAUUUUCAGUGGGUGUUUCACAUGUUGUAAAUUGUCAGUCCUGUGGACAUCAAAUCAACAAAGUGUCCAUUGAUGUUUCAACAAACACUGAACCCAUAAUGGAACAUAAGCAAACUCAAUGUGAUCAAUUUAAUGGAACCCGUACAAAGAGUACCCAAACAAAAGCAUUAUAUGGUAAGAGGCAUAAUUUUACAUCAACAACAGGACUAAUCACAAAGAAGGAUGCUUAUACUUGGACUAUGGGGGAUGUUAAAGGCACAGUUCAAACUACAUCAGUUGGAACUUGUACUAGUCUUGAGAGCACUUGUAAUUCUGAAUUUGUUUCAUAUAUCGGUAAAAUGUCACACAUUUAUUCUUCAUCCGACAGUGACCUUUCAGACAGCAGCAAUAUGGAUAUAACUGUGGACAUUGACACUAUAAAUGAAACGGCAACAUCUACACAAUCGACUCAAAAUUCAUUUCUCAAUAACCCUGAUUACGGUCCAGAGACUUGCAUGCUUACAGCCCAUCAGACUAGUAUGGAGGAAAAACCUUCUUUUGAAGACAUUGUAAAAGAAAACAAAUACAUUGUGUUUGAAAGUUGCCUAGAUGUCCUUUUUAAAUAUUUGCCUUGUGGUUACAAGGACUGUACUUCACCGAUUAUUUGUAUCAACAAAAGAACACUUGAAAGUAUUUUAAUAAUUUCUGGUGAAUGUUUGGCAGGACAUCAGGAUACAUUAUGGCGUAGUCAACCGACAAUUGGACAGAUGCCUAUAGGAAAUUUAUUGUAUUCGGCUUCAAUUCUAUUAAGUGGAAAUCAUUUUGAAAAAAUCGAAGAAUUUAGUCAAUUCAUGGGUGUGAAAGCUAUAUCUAAGCAGACAUACUACAAAAUUCAAAAAAAAUAUCUGUUCCCCACCAUACAUAAACACUGGAUUGAUGACCGAGAGAGGAAUGUAAAUCGUAUGCAAGACAGGGCUAUCACAUUGUGUGGCGAUGGGCAAUGUGAAAGCCCUGGCUACGGUACAAAGAACUGUACCUACACUAUGAUAGAAGAAGAGUCCCAAAAGAUUAUUGAUUUUAAUGUGGUGCAAGUAGCUGAGGCUUCCUCCUCCGUAGCAAUGGAGUCUAAAGCCUUUAGGCGAACCUUGAACAACAUAUUAAAUGAUGCUUUGAUAGUACUCCAAGUUGCCACUGAUAGACACAACCGCAUACACAAGAUAUUAACAGAGGAAUAUCCACAGAUCAGGCAUCAAUUUGACAUUUGGCACUACGGAAAUAGUAUUCUAAAGAAACUUCUUGCUGUGAGCCGAAAAAAGAAUUUGCAAACAAUUGCUCCAUGGAUACAAGGAAUAAUAAAUCACCUCUGGACCGCUAGCUUGAAGUGUGGUGGAAAUGAAGAAAUUAUGAAAGAAAUUUGGCAAUCUUUGUUGUACCACAUUUGUAACGUACACUGCUGGAUGGAUGGGACUGUAAUUAAGGAGUGUGGACAUAAAGAGAUUAGCCAAGAGGAACAGCGCAAAACGCCAUGGUUGGAACCUAAGAGCAAUGCUUUUGAGGUCUUACACAAUAUUAUCUGUGAUCCAAGGAUGGAUAAAGAUUUUAAAAGCCUUGCUGAGUUUUGUCAUACAGGUGCAAUAGACGUAUUUCACAGCCUGGUAUUAAAAUAUAGGCCUAAACUAGUGAAUUUCAAGAUGGAUGAAAUAGAGGCCAGAACAAAACUAGCUGUACUAGCUCAUAAUUAUAACGCCAAAAAGAUACAAGAACGCAUCCGAAGACAAACUGCCAAAAGUGGGUUAUUUGGCGAACUUGAAUACAAGGCCGCUUUCCCAAAGAGCAAGAACGAAUGGCAGACAAGACCUAUAUAUAAAUCUUUAAAAAUGGAUCAUAUAUAUCCCAUGAUCGCAGAUGUACUGUGUCUGUAUUCAGGUGAUCUAGACGGCACAUGAGAAUCUCUGAAUGAUUCCCUAGCAGAGAAUAUUGCUGUUAAUCCACGGCCAAUAAAAAGAAACACGGAGAGUUAACGUUCACGUUUUUACAAUAAAUAAGGAUGCGCUAAUCACAAUUUCAUAGUCUAGUUUGCAUUGCACUUGUGAAAAAGAGUGUAUGUAUUUGUAUUUUUAUUUUGACCACAAAAAAAAAAUAUUUUUCAGUGGAAAAGUUAUCUUUAAUAACUAUUUGUUGUGUUUUUUAAUAAACUACUUUAUGAAGUGA